AUGUUAACCCUUUUAUCUUCAUUGUUUCAUCUUCUUUUUUUCACACUCACCCUUCAAUGUCACAUAGCUUCUUCAGCUAUUCUAUACAGCUUGAAACACCACCACAGCAAUAUCCACCAUCAAAGACCAAUGAUUCAUGCCAACCAAACAAACUGUGCAUUGUUUGUAGGAACAUGGAUUCCUGAUGACACUUACCCUUUUUACCAAUCCUUAAACUGUCCCAUGAUAGAUCCACAGUUCAACUGCAAAUUGUUUGGUCGUCCUGAUACUAAUUACCUUAAAUAUAGAUGGAGACCACUCAACUGUGAGCUUCCAAGGUUCAAUGGUGUUCAGUUUCUGAUGGGAUUGAAAGGGAAAAGUAUUAUGUUUGUUGGUGAUUCUCUGGGGAGGAAUCAGUGGGAAUCAUUGAUUUGUAUGAUAUAUACUGCAGUGCCUCAAUCUCAAACACAGCUUGUUAGGGGAGAGAUACUCUCAACCUUCAGAUUCUUGGACUAUGGUGUGACCCUUUCUUAUCAUAAAGCUCCGUAUCUGGUAGAGAUUGAUGUGGCUCAAGGGAAGAGAGUUUUGAAGCUUGAGGAGGUAGAUGGGAAUGGGGAUGCAUGGAGGGAGGCUGAUAUAUUAUCCUUUAACUCUGGACAUUGGUGGACACAUCAAGGAUCUCUUAAAGGGUGGGAUUAUAUAGAAUUAGGAGGCAAAUACUACCAAGAUAUGGAUCGUUUAGAAGCAAUGGAAAGAGGUUUGAAAACAUGGGCUAAUUGGGUGGACACAAAUAUAGAUCAAAGAAAAACCAAAGUGUUCUUUCUUGGAAUUUCUCCUACACACACCAACCCAAAUGAAUGGAUCUAUGGAUCAACAACUGCAACAUCGAAGAAUUGCUAUGGUGAAACUGCACCGAUCAGUGGAACUGGCACAUCAUACCCUGGUAUAUAUCCAGAACAAAUGAAGGUUGUAGACAUGGUGAUUAGAGAAAUGAGGAACCCUGUUUAUCUUCUAGACAUCACAAUGUUAUCAGCAUUUAGAAAAGAUGCACAUCCUUCAGUUUAUAGUGGUGAUUUGAGUCCCCAACAGAGAGCCAACCCUAUUUACUCUGAUUGCAGUCAUUGGUGUCUUCCUGGUUUACCUGAUACUUGGAAUGAAUUGUUCUACACCACAUUGUUCUAUUAA